AUGGGGCCGCCCCGUCCCCAACCUACCGAGGAGGAAUGGCUUCGGCACAAGCCUGCCAUCCGAAGGCUGUAUCUCGUGGAGCAAAUGCCGCUCAAGAAUCUGGUAGUCGAGGUGGCAAACCUCGGGCUUACUGUCACAAAGGCACAGCUGGAGUACAAAUUGAAGCAGUGGGACUUUCGAAAGAACAUCAGCAAAGAGAGAUGGGCUUCGAUUGACAGCAUCAUGGCCAAGCGCAGAAGAGAGGGCAAAGACAAGGACAAAUCUGGCGCAACACGCCUCUUCACCAGUGCACACUCCCGCGUCUCCAAACGAUGCGCAGAUUAUCGUCUGCACUCCGCGGCCGCUCCCCGGGGACUUCGAAUGGCCAAGCACGUUACCAUGGCUACGUUUCCAAGCCAGGCACCUGACAUCUACGGUGAUGGCAAACACUCGGCGGGUCAGCAGUCGAGAAGUGUGCGGUUCCCAGCCGGCGCGCUUUAG